AUGGAGAAUGCCUCAAGAGCUGAGGUUGUCUGCAACCACACGGAUGCAUGGGACUGGGUUUACACCAUGCAGCCGGCCUACAUGUCCAUCAUCUGCUUUCUUGGAGUGAUCGGCAACUGCUUUGUGCUCUGCGUGUUCUGUCUCCAGAAGCGGCGCAGUUCUGUGCCGGACAUCUACUUGAGCAACCUGGCAGUGGCUGAUCUCCUCAUGGUUUCCUGUCUGCCGUUCUGGGUGGCAACCAUUCUUGAGAGGUUUAAUUGGAAGUUUGGGGAGCCCAUGUGUCAACUUGUCAAUAUGGUAAUUGGUAUGAAUUAUUACUGCAGUGUGCUGUUCCUUACACUCGUGAGCGUGGACAGAUACCUGGCCCUUACCAGACCACUGUCCCAAGGGAGGAAGAGAAGGGCCCUCUGGGCACGAGGGACUUGCUUCAGUAUCUGGAUUGCUGGAAUAUUGCUCAGCAUCCCUGCUAUCCUCUUCCGCUCUGUGCAGUUCUUCCCUCAUCUGGGCAUUAACGCAUGCUACCUAGAGUACCCUCAUGAAGGCUGGAGACUGCGCUACAACAUAACUGUUGGCAUAGUAGGCUUCAUUUUGCCUGUUCCCAUUGUAACCUUCUGCAGUUACAACAUCAUCAAAGCCAUCCAGAGCAGCCAGAAGUUGAGAAAAGGCAGCAGAGUAAACGUGGAGAGGAAAGCAGCGUACCUCGUCCUCGUUGUUCUGGCUGUGUUUAUUCUCUGCUGGCUGCCCUACCAGAUUCUCAUCGUCUUGGACACCCUGGACCAUUAUGAAGUCAUCUCUGGAUGUACGUGGGCCUAUGUGUUGGACAUUGGCAGCCAGUUAGCAACUUACCUUGGCUACAGUAACAGCUCAUUGAAUCCUUUCCUGUAUGUGAUUGUGGGGAAGCACUUUAAGCAGAGGGCAAGGGAAGUGUUUAGACUAAUGCUGUGCAGGAGGAAGCAGGGAUGGGGGAAGUCUCGUUAUUCCAGUCCCAAUCUUAACUCAACUAAAGAAACGGAUUGUACUGAACUCUAAAUCUCAUCUACACAAAAAGAGAUGAUUUGACUGUGUCAAAAAAUUCAAUAUGCUUAUUCACAUUUCAACAAUUUCCAAAACACAGAAUUUUU